GCUCCGCGUUGUCUACCAACUACCGAGAACAUCAUGCAUUGACGGCACAUGGACAUUUAUCUCCCAUUUACACAAUCAGGUCAUGAUGCCAUUCCAAAGCCUGAUCCGGCCGUCCCGAACUGACCUAAGUCAUAGAUAGCUCAAAUGGUAUACUUGAGAUUGUAAUGUGGACGAGAUCCAUCCUACUGGUUAUGUUGACGGCAUUUACAUUAUGGCACGUCACUAACAGCAAUGAGAGGACUGGGGGAGACGUGAUAGAGCCUGGGAUGGUAACAGAGUCCAGUCUCUCACUAAGAGACAUUCUACCCAUCAACCCAAAACAUUAUGACAAAAACCGAGCACCUAAGUUCCAAGGACAGGCAACUAUUGUUUAUUUCCAUGUCACUGUUCUCUCACUGGACUCAAUCAAUGAGGAAUCAAUGACCUAUGUCGCAGACAUUUUCUUAGCACAAAGUUGGAGGGACCCGAGACUUCGCUUGCCAGAGAAUAUGAGUGAGGAGUACAGGAUACUAGACGUCGAAUGGCUGCAUGAUAUCUGGAGACCGGACUGUUUUUUCAAAAAUGCCAAAAAAGUAACUUUUCACGAAAUGAGUAUUCCCAACCAUUAUCUAUGGCUCUACCACGACAAAACACUUCUUUACAUGUCAAAGCUUACACUUGUACUGUCAUGUGCUAUGAAAUUUGAGUCCUAUCCUCAUGAUACCCAAAUCUGCUCAAUGAUGAUUGAAAGUUUAUCUCAUACAACACAUGAUUUGGUGUUCAUAUGGAACAUGACGGACCCAUUAGUCGUCAAUCCAGAAAUAGAACUGCCUCAACUGGACAUAUCUAACAACUACACAGCUGAUUGUACCAUUGAAUACUCAACUGGAAACUUUACAUGCUUAGCAGUAGUGUUCAACUUAAGAAGACGACUGGGCUAUCACCUGUUUCACACAUACAUUCCUUCAGCUUUAAUCGUUGUCAUGUCUUGGAUAUCAUUUUGGAUCAAACCUGAGGCAAUUCCAGCUAGGGUCACUUUGGGAGUAACUUCAUUGCUGACAUUAGCAACACAAAACACACAAUCACAACAAUCCCUACCACCAGUGUCUUACGUGAAGGCCAUUGACAUUUGGAUGUCAUCGUGUUCUGUGUUUGUGUUCCUAUCUCUGAUGGAGUUUGCUGUAGUCAACAACUACAUGGGCCCCAUCGCAACAAAGGCGAUGAAAGGAUAUUCUGAAGAAGACGUUAGAGGAGGUUUAGACGAUCUCAAGGAAUUGGAUCCAUCUGGAAGGGGCCCCCCACGGGCAUCUAUUCUCCCAUCUCUACCACAAUACCCCACUUUCUGCAAUGGUAGGGAAAUUGCCCUCUCAAUCGAUCAAUUCUCCAGAUUUUUUUUCCCGUUUUCAUUUUUUGUUUUGAACAUAGUAUACUGGACAUCGUUUCUCGAGGUGUAAGGGUGUGCUUUUGUAAAUAGCCUAUACGAUGUCUGCUGUAAUUUGUGUGCAGUUUUGAAUUUUGAAAAUUUUGUAUGACUUUCUGUUUCUAGAGUAUUGUUGUUAUGUGUAAGUUGUUCAUCAGUAAAUGUUGUCAAUAAAACAACUUG